AUGCAACGAUUUACCGAAUCUUCACCUGAUGCGUCCAAAAAGGACAUGAACUUUGAGGAUUCUUCAUUUUUCAGAAAAUACCAACACCUCCCUACACUGACGCAAGUUAAAGCUUUAUCUCCCGACUUCAAGACAAGUUCUAAACCAAAGCCUGUGAUAUUUGAUAAUCUUAAUGUUCUUGUAAAGUUUGGUCCUGAUGUUGUGGUUGAAGAAGCUCGGAACCUUUGGAUGGUUAAACGUGUCUUUCACAAUAGGGUUCCAGUACCUGAAGUCUUUGGAGGGCGAGUUGAUGAGGAGAAGAUUGUGUUUAUUUUACAUGAUCAUUCGAGGACACACGUUGCAGGAUCAGUGGGAUGA